GUGAUUACUUUACUUCCAGUCAUUCGUUAUUGCUCGUUCGCCAGUAGUACAUCGGCUCCCGAGGAUUUCACGCGCGUUAUCUCCGCCUUCCGAUUUCUGAGCACCGUGCUCUUAAUUUAUCAUCUUCCCUUUGAACGAUACAUUUCGAUUUUCAUAUAUACCGAUUGCUUUACUUCCAGUCAUUCGUUAUUGCUCGUUCGCCAGUAGUACAUCGGCUCCCGAGGAUUUCACGUGCGUUACCUCCGCAUUCCGAUUUGUUUGCCGAAGUUCAAGCAUGAAGAUCGCUGUGAUCGGUGCUGGGUCCGCUGGCUUGGCGGCCCUACGGCAUUGCGCUUCCGGCGAGAUCGAUUGCGAGGUGGUUUGUUACGAGAAAACGGAUCAGAUCGGAGGAACGUGGGUCUACAGGGAAGAAACCGGCGUGGACAAGUACGGUCUACCGAUACACACCAGCAUGUACAAGAAUCUAAGAACGAACUUGCCGAAGGAAGUAAUGGGAUAUCCUGAUUAUCCCGUGCCCGACGCGCCCGAAAGUUAUUUGACCCGCACGCAAAUGCUGAACUUCCUGAACUCUUACUGCGACCACUUCAAGCUCCGGCAGUAUAUUCGGAUUCUGCACAACGUCGAGCUGCUGGAGCCGUCGGACGGCGACCGGAAGUGGUCGAUCAAGGUGAAGGACCUGCAGAAGAAUACUGUGACGAAGGAAUCCUUCGAUGCUGUUAUGGUAUGCAACGGUCAUUAUUUCGAGCCCAGUGUCCCAAAGAUAAAAGGCCACGAGACUUUCCAAGGUAGACAGAUGCACAGCCACGACUACAGGACUUCCGACAUAUUCGCCGAUAAAGUUGUGCUGGUCAUUGGCGCCGGCCCUUCCGGAAUGGACCUGGCUCUGGACAUAUCGAAAAAAGCGAAGCGAGUGAUCCUCAGUCACCAUUCGAGGGACCCCAUAGGAACCGUAUUUCCCGAGAACGUCGUUCAGAAACCGGACGUGAAAGAGUUGACUGAGAAUGGCGCAGUCUUCACGGAUGACAGCAGCGAACUGUUGGAUGAUGUUUUCUAUUGUACAGGGUACAAGUACAGUUUCCCUUUCAUGGAUGAGAAAUGCGGGAUACGAGUGGAUUCGAACAUGGUCACCCCUCUUUGGAAGCACGUUGUGUCCACUGAAAAUACGAGUCUCGCUUUAAUUGGCCUUCCAUACUACGUUUGUGCUUACAGUAUGUUCGAUCUGCAGGUUCGAUUCGUACUGAGUUUCUGGAGCGGGAGGAAAGAGUUCCCCCCGAAAGCGGAAAUGCUGCGAGAAGAAAGAGAGGAGCUGGAGAGAAAAUUGAAGGAGGGUCUCGGGAAGAGACACUUUCACCUUAUGGGUCACCAACAGGGUGAAUAUUACACCGACCUCGCGGACACCGCAGGAAUCACGCCCCUGCCACCUGUUAUCUCGAAGCUCCACGAUGAAAGCAGCACGCGCUUUUUGGACGAUCUGCCGCAUUACAGAGAAGCCAGAUACAAGAUCAUCGACGAUUAUAGUUUCAUUCGACUUGAGUGAAGAGUGUCUUAACGCAUUCAAUGCCGCACGAUUUUGCCGAGAGAAAUGUACAAAAUGAAAAUAAUGUAACAUCGACUUGCGUUAUUAUUAUUACAGGUUUAUUUUAUAUUACUUGUAAUAUAGAAAGUUUUCAAAUAAUCGUUCAAUCGUAUGAAUUAUAGUAAUUCGAUUUGCUCGAGGUCACCGGUAACUCCCAUGGCAUCCAACGUGUUAAGAAGUAUAUCAAUUUUGUAUGAAUUUAUUUACGUUUGUAAAAUGAGUGAGAAAA